AGAGAGAGAAGAAAGGACCGGUAGUUUUAGCUAUCUCUCUAAGUUUAUCCUCCGUCUUAAAAGAAGAGAAACCAGCCAUCUUGAAACGCAGACAUUAACAGUGGACUUCUUGUUGUAACUAACAGAAUCAUGCCUGUAGAAGAAAACCAACAACUUUUAUUGCAAGAAGAAGAAGAAGAUAGAGCUUAUGAUUCUGAUGAGAAAGUGCUCAUAAUUGGGGUUGAUUCUGACACUGAAAGCGGUGGCUCAACGGUGUUGCCACCGUUUUCAUGGAAAAAGUUAUGGUUAUUUACUGGUCCUGGGUUUUUAAUGUCCAUUGCGUUUUUGGAUCCUGGAAAUUUGGAAGGGGAUCUUCAGGCUGGUGCAAUCGCAGGCUACUCUUUGCUUUGGCUUCUUUUAUGGGCUACUGCUAUGGGGUUGUUGGUGCAGUUGCUUUCAGCGAGGCUUGGAGUGGCUACAGGAAGGCAUUUAGCUGAGCUGUGUAGAGAAGAGUAUCCAACCUGGGCUUCAAUGGUUUUGUGGAUUAUGGCUGAGUUGGCUUUGAUUGGUGCUGAUAUACAAGAGGUUAUUGGAAGUGCUAUUGCUAUUAAGAUCUUGAGUAAUGGGUUUUUUCCUUUGUGGGCUGGUGUUACUAUUACUGCUUGUGAUUGCUUCAUCUUCCUAUUUCUAGAGAACUACGGUGUGAGAAAAUUGGAGGCUGUAUUUGCGGUACUUAUUGGAAUAAUGGCAGUUACAUUUGGAUGGAUGUUUGGAGAUGCAAAACCCAGUGCCUCCGAACUUUUUCUGGGUAUCUUAAUUCCAAAACUUAGCUCCAGAACAAUACAACAAGCUGUUGGAGUUGUGGGUUGCAUUAUCAUGCCUCACAAUGUGUUCUUGCAUUCUGCUCUUGUACAGUCAAGGGAGAUCGACCACAGUAAGAAAGACCGGGUUCAAGAAGCUCUCAGAUACUACUCCAUAGAGUCAACCACUGCCCUUGUAAUAUCGUUCCUAAUCAAUUUGUUUGUGACAACUGUUUUUGCUAAAGGUUUCUACGGGACAGAACUGGCCAAUAGUAUUGGCCUUGUAAAUGCAGGGCAAUAUCUUCAAGACAAAUACGGGGGUGGAUUUUUCCCAAUUUUAUACAUCUGGGGUAUUGGAUUAUUAGCAGCUGGCCAAAGCAGCACCAUUACUGGCACUUAUGCAGGACAGUUUAUCAUGGGAGGUUUCCUGAACUUGAGGUUAAAGAAAUGGCUAAGGGCAUUGAUCACUCGAAGCUGUGCUAUCAUCCCAACUAUGAUUGUUGCACUUGUUUUUGAUACCUCAGAAGACUCACUAGAUGUUCUGAAUGAAUGGCUAAAUGUGCUUCAGUCAAUACAGAUUCCUUUUGCACUCAUCCCUCUUCUCUGCUUAGUAUCCAAGGAGCAAAUCAUGGGCACUUUCAAAAUCGGCCCCAUUCUUAAGAUGGUAUCUUGGCUUGUGGCUGCCCUGGUGAUAGUAAUCAAUGGUUACCUUUUGCUUGACUUUUUCGUAAAUGAAGUGACCGGAGUAGCGUUUACCACUGUAGUAUGCGGUUUUACAGGUGCAUACGUUGUGUUUAUAAUUUAUCUCAUUUCUAGGGGCGUUACAUGUUUCUCCUGGUGCUGUCCAUCAAAACAGAUAGAAGUAGAGUGAUGAAACUUUGACAGCAAGAUAUUUUAAGCAUGCAGUUUCAGUUGCCAGCAAUAUAUCAGAUGGCGGUCAAAUUUGAUUUGCAGAGGAAUAACUUCAGCUGUUUAUGCAUAGAGUUAUUUCUUGAGCAUCUUUCCAGGCUUGCCUGUGUACAAAAUGUACUUAAAGCCGCUUAUUGUGUUUCAGUGCUGUGGGAAAAAAAAAAAGAAAACAAAAACACAGAAACAAAGAAAAGAAUUGUUUCUGCA